AGCGGCUGGAUCCGGGCGGCAUGGAGCGCAAAGAGCAGCGGGGCGGGAGCUCGGGUGGCGGGCGGCGGACCGGCGGUCGCGGCGUGGCUGGCGAGAGCGAACCCGGACCGUGCGAGGACGGGACGGUGGUGCAGCGCACGCAGGUGGUGCUGCUGGCCGGCGAGUCGUGGGGGUCCGACGGGGGCCAAACCGUGCUCAGUUCCUUCGCCCACCACGUGCUGCCCCCGACGGCCGGCGCCUCCACCCGCAGCCCGCCCGGCUCCGCUGACCCCUGCGGCCCUGUUGCUCUGCGGCCGCUGCCGGCGCCCCACGCCCUGACGUCCACGCCGUCGGGCCAGCUGAUCUUCUUCCUAUGCCGGCCGUCGUCGCUGCGGGAGCGGCCCGAGCGGAUGCGGGAGGUGUUGCAGGGCGUGCGGGAUCAAAGCCAUGACUCCCCGGCUGCCCUGGUGGGUGUGAUCGUGCAGCCGCGGCCCGACGAAGAAAAGCCGGCUCUCGUGCAACUCGAGAAAUUGCUCCGUGAGAUCUUCCAGUCCGAGGGUGCCGGAUCCAUGGAGGUGCACACGGCCGUCUUCGCACCGGGGCGACCCGACGGCGCCCUGGAGCUCAAGCGUGUCAAGCAUGGGGCAUCGGUGCAGCUGGACAAAAAGGUGAUGCGAUUUUUUGGAGCAAUGCUGUGGUUUGGAAUUGUGGCAUAUGGAAGUUAUUACUUCUACAACUAUUCUCCAGCAUGAAGCUUGCAUCCCUGCCAGCACAUCACCCUCCCUACAUGGUUAAGGUCUCUUUUGCAUCUGGAUUUACAGCUGUCACCCAAAAUAAAAUUUAAAAAAUCAAAAGUUGUUAACCUUGUCCAUGAAGAUAUGUAAACUUGAGAUGAAGUGUUCAAUUAGCUAAAGCUUCAUCACAGCAUCCCAUCUAUCCACAAGGUGUCUGACUCUGAGCGCCACUUCAUCAUGGAUGUACAGCACAUCCUGUCGCGGGCUUUUUAACACAAAGCUGUUUAGUUUCAAAGCAAAAGUCCUCAGUCAACAACAGAUUAUUCUUGCUAGUGAAGAAAUCCACUUGGAUUCUAACAGUCUCCCAAAAUAUGAAUCCAAAUGUACUGAAUGGGCAAAUAAGAGUUGUUUCAAAUAAGUGUAAAUAAAGUGAUUGCACCAGGAAAGAGAUCCCAGUUUUAUUAUAGAUGGCAGGUUACAUUGAACAUGCUGGCCAGACAGGAAAUACAUGUUAGUAGAUGAUUGAUAACGUAGGCGAAGUGUAAUGCACUGAAAGUUUUGAAAGGUUGAAAUAAAAAUUCAAAUCUGAAUAUGAGUUCAUCAUAUAGUUGCACACAAGAUUCUUCCUACAACUCUAGUUCCCAUCUUUCAGGAAGGAGGAUGUUGUAGAACUGAAAAGAAAUUAAAAACAAUGGACCAUGAUAAAUGGGGCUGGGAACACUUCCAGGGUGUUCAUUUUCCAAACUAGCCCCCACCAUGUCUUGGCUUAUGGUACCUGAAAUUCCAACCUGAAUUAUAAAAAUAUGGGAGUCAUAGCUUAGUACAUGGAGAGUAUAUGUGAUUUGGAGGGUUUCAUGAGCCAUUA